UACUGACCCAAUCUCUCCCCCUCUCUCUCUCUCUCUCUCUCAGACUCAUCAGAGAUGGAUCAAUCGGAGAAAGAAUCGAUCGAAUCGGCUUCCGAAGAGGUGUCCCGUGAAUUCAAAACCCUAAUCAAUGCCGAGGAUUUGGAUUCUCUCAAACAAUUGCAGCACCUCAUAUUGGGAAGGUUGCAGGACAGUAAUGCAGUCCUUUCACAUUUUAAUGAGUACUCAGAGCAUUGCUUUGCAGAGGUUUCCACUGAUUUCUCUAGAAAUGCACGUCUCUUAAGGUCUAUGAAGUCAGACCUUGAUUACAUAUUUCAAAAGCUGAGGAGCCUGAAGGCAAAGCUUUUGGCUACAUACCCGGAUGCAUUUCUUGAUGAUUCAUCAAUAGAAGCACUUGAUCGGAGACCAGACCUCGAAAUGCCCCAGUGACACUGGUACCUACAUCUCAUUUAUGUGUAAUUCAAGCAAAAUCUCAUCAGAAGUCAUUUCCAGUUGAUUGUGUUUACUUCUCCCACUUAUUUCCUCCUUUCCUUUUUCCUGUGGAAAGUUGCUAGUGAAAAAUUUGCCUCCAGAGCUUGGGAUGUUUUUGGAUAAUGUAUGCACAAGUUAACAGAUCUUUCAAACUUCUUUUUAUUAACUGAUGUGUCAUAUAAUAAUAAAAUUUAAAAAAUUGAAACAAGAUCUACUUUGAUGAUAUGAUAGCUGCCACAUCAGCAAGUAAAAAA